UCUGAAUUAAGUUGAUCCCAGUCUCUUUUGUGGCUUCUGUCAAAUCGGAAGGUCUGAGAUCACCAAUAUCAAGACGUUUAAAUCGCAAUACGCUUCCGACUCCUGUCAGCCUUCGACUUGAGGAAACUCAUAAACCUACACCUGCAAAGACUCUUUUAUCACCACCUCACCGCAAAACGCACAUUAAAGCACACGGAGCCUGAAUGGAGGCCCACGGUUCAGCGCGACUGUCAAGGAAGAGAAAGAGAGAUGGUUCAAACGGAGAGCCGGAGGAAGGAGAAAAACCGCUGAAGUUCAAAAGAUGCACAGUGGGUCUGAAAUAUCCAGCUCCUUAUGCAGAUCAGCUCGAGUCAAUGGAAGAUAAGCAGUAUCAGCGUGUCACCAUAGAGGAAGCUCGCAGAGGCACGCCACCAGACAGACCUGUGCGGGUGUACGCUGAUGGUAUCUUCGACAUGUUCCACUCAGGACAUGCUCGUGCUCUCAUGCAGGCUAAAUGCCUCUUCCCAAACACUCACCUUAUCGUAGGUGUGUGCAGUGAUGACCUCACACACAAGCUAAAGGGCUUCACCGUCAUGAACGAGGACGAGCGCUAUGAUGCAGUUAGUCACUGUCGUUAUGUGGAUGAGGUGGUCCGGAAUGCCCCAUGGACUCUCACACCCGAGUUCCUCACCAAACAUCGGAUUGACUUUGUGGCCCAUGAUGAUAUCCCAUACUCCUCAGCUGACAGUGAUGAUGUUUACAAGGACAUCAAAGAUGCAGGAAUGUUUGCACCAACCCAAAGGACAGAGGGCAUCUCCACCUCUGACAUCAUCACACGCAUCGUGCGAGAUUAUGAUGUGUACGUCAGACGGAAUCUUCAACGUGGCUACACUGCAAAAGAGCUCAACGUCAGCUUCAUCAAUGAAAAGAAGUACAACCUUCAGGAGCGUGUGGACAAGGUGAAGAAGAAGGUGAAGGACGUGGAGGAGAAAAGUAAAGAGUUUGUGCAGAAGGUGGAGGAGAAGAGCAUCGACCUCAUCCAGAAAUGGGAAGAGAAGUCCCGGGAAUUUAUUGGCAACUUCCUGCAGAUGUUUGGACCGGAGGGAGCACUGAAGCACAUGCUGAAGGAGGGCAAAGGUCGAAUGCUUCAGGCCAUCAGUCCGAGGCAGAGUCCCAGCAGCAGUCCCACACGAGAGCGCUCGCCUUCCCCAACCUUCCGUCUGCCCUUCUUCACCAAAACCUCCCCGCCAUCCUCCCCAUCCUCGCACCACAGCAGCGCCCUAUCCGGCUACACCUACGCCGCCCGCGGACAGGCCAUAAGCGAGGACGAGGAGGACGACGAAGAUUAGAGUGCCAAAGCACGCCACGCAUCUGUCUUCCAACACCGGCAAGCCAACCUCAGAAACCAAGCAAUCCCUACACCAGUUUUGCGUUCUGUGUUAUUAACCCAUAUGAAGGCUUAAAACGGAGCGCCGCGCAGAACUUAGUAACUGUGAGUCACUUUUAACUUACGGUGGUUUUUACGUCAAUGUCAGCGAUGGGAUGUGAGUAUUUAAACUUGCGAGUCUUGUCUUGAAUCGCGCAGGAUUUAAGAAACGUGUGUUUUAGAGCGAGUGCUCGUGGUAUUGAGUUUCCUUUUAAUUUCAGUUUUGAAGACUUUUGUUCUUAUUAUUAUAGUACGUUAUUGUUCGACAUCUCCCAGGUCACGUAUCUCUUCUUGUAAUGGCC